CUCCUCUUUGCGCUGCAGACACACACACACACUCACACACACACACACACACACACACACACACACACACACACACACACACACACAUACAUACACGGCCGUCCCUGCCGCCAACAGAUGUGCACUCUCAUCACUCCACAGGCACAACAGUUACAUUAGCAUCUCCAGCAGCAUACUGAGGUGGAAUCACAGAAAGAGAGAGAGGGGGUAGAGGUUGAGGAGCAGGGGUAAUCACGGUCAGUCAGAGAGAGAGAAAGAGAGUGGACAGUGAGCGCGAGAGAUGCUUUUUUACUCGCUGUGGAGCGAGAAAGAAUGUAACAGGCAGAUAGAAGGAGGAGCGCAGAAGAGAGAGACGGAGGAAAGCUGCUCUUUUUCUUUCCCCUUCCACACGCUACUAUACCUGCUUUCUCUCUCUCCCCCCACCUUGCCUCAGACCUUAAAUCUUGUGCUGUUCCCUUCCUCCCCUCCUCCCUCUCCGCCUCCUCCUAUCGUACACGGUAGCGCUUGCUUUGGGCUGGGAGUGUGGCGCACCUCUCUCUCUCUAAUCUCGGUUGGUUUUGUCUCUCGUUGCUCUGCUGCUGCUCUCACAGGGGACUUGUCGCCGGGAAACGGGAAUACAAACAUGGGAGUGACAGACAGAUUGACUGUGGACAUGCUGGGAAUGGUAAUGGGAUUGAGCGGGAACGCCACUGGAUUUCCCCAACAAUUCCCUCUCCCUUCCACCGACAUGCAGGAUUAACCAGGAACACCAGUUGGAUUCCCCCAAUUCCCAUCGGAGCAAACACCUGCUGGAGCACCUCUGCCUGUAUGACUACAACUGGGGAGAAGGAGAAGAGACGUAAAGAUAGAUGAGAGAAGAGGCUUAUGAGGCUUUCCAAGCCUCGGCCAAAAUGUGACAUUUAUUUGAGGAUUUUGAAAAAGGUCAAAACUAGAGAUUAUAAAAGAGGGGGGUAUUAGUAUAUGCCCCCCCCCCCCCCAACGAGAGUGGAUUUGAGAAUGGGCCCUGUUUGGCACCUCCUGUUGCUGCUCACGCCCCUCCUUUCAGCACAGGUUAGCAUAGUUUCUGAAUUGGGGACUACAGCCGAGUCAGAGGACCCAACGGUGUCCGUUGUGAGUUCUACAGGGGAGUUGGGCACCCCCUACAGCCCCGAUCCCUCAGGGUCGGUCACGACCCCCUCAGAAGCCCCAAAGGAGGACUGGACGUCGGCAGAGAUCUUUCUCUACAGCGGGGACUACUCCGUCUUGGGGAUAGUGGAGUGCGACCGGGCGUACAGUCUCACGGGUCAGAACGGCCCCCUGCCGCGAGGGUUCUAUGGCCCCCUCCGACAGUCCAUGGACGCCUUGGCCAACACGGCCAACUUCCUCAACAUGAUCUUCCAGGCCAGCGACCUGCGGGAGAGCAGUGUGCGAGAGGACAUGGAGUGGUACCACGCCAUGGUGCGCACCCUUCUGGAGGCCGACCCCCUCAUCCGGCAGGCCCUCCUUACCUUUGACGCCGACCCAGCCUCCACCACCCCCCAGCUUGUGCUCCGCGCCUCCCGGAACCCUGCCCACCCCAGGUACCAGAACAUCCUCCUCCAGGACCUCUCUAGCCAAUGGGAAAGUCUGCACCGCCCGGCCCCCGCACCCGACGACACCUGGUUCAGCAGUUUCAAGUUUCCCGCCUCCUCCAACCAGCCCACCUCGACCCUAUCUAAAAGAGUCCUCCUCAAUGACCUCAGCACCCUGGACACGCCCAAAUGGGGGCGGGGCGAUAGCUACGUGACCAAUCGCAGCGGGGUGCGCUGGGCCAAUGGGCCAUUCCUAGAGUGUGAGGACGGCCGCUUCCUGCCGGGCUGGCUGCUCACCCUAUCCACUUCCUUCUACGGCCUGAAGCCCGACCUCAGCCCUGAGUUUAGGGGUGUAAUCCGUGUGGAUGUAAACGUACAGGGAUUUGAUGUGAACCAGUGUGCCACGGGGGACGCUUGGUUUGCCAACACACACCAGUGCAACCGCACCACCAUGGAGUGUGAGCCAAUCACAGGCCAGGGAUUCAGAUUGGGCCAGUACUGCUGUCGCUGCAAAGAGGGAUACUACAGCCCCCCAAUGGACGAAGGUGGUGCUCUGAACGACAGUGGUGGGGAGGGGGGUGGCGUGUGUUACCCGGCCCUGCCCAUCUGUCUCCCCUGUUGGCCGGGCUGCAAGCGUUGCGAGGACGGCACCCCGUGUUGGGUAGAGGAGGACUGGUUCCUCAGAGCCGGGGUGCUGGCCGUCCAGUGCUUCUUCAUGCUGCUGGUGUUCAUCAGCAUGCUGGUGGCCUACCAGUUCAGACGCAGCAGGAGGAUCCGGGCAUCAGGUCUCCUUCUGUUAGAGACCAUCCUGUUUGGCUCUCUGCUCCUGUACUUCCCGGUUUUCAUCCUGUACUUCAAGCCCAGCACCUUCCGAUGCAUCCUGCUUCGCUGGGUGCGACUUCUGGGCUUUGCCAUAGUCUAUGGAACGGUAACACUGAAGAUAUAUAGGGUUCUCAAGGUGUUCCUGUCGCGCACAGCCCAGAGAGUGCCCUACAUGUCCAGCAUACACCUGCUGAGGUUGCUGGGAGUCAUGGUUGUGACCGUCAGCUGGUUCCUGUGUGCGUGGACCGCGGGCGUUCUACAGAACCGUGACCGUAACGUUCCAUUACUGAUCAUAUCGACCACGUCGGAUGGUCAGGGCUUCAGCCUCUGUGACCUGGACCGCUGGGACUACAUGAUGGCCGUGGCCGAGCUGAUGUUUCUGUGCUGGGGCAGUUUACUGUGCAGUGCUGUGAAGCCCGUGCCCUCAGCCUUCCACGAGCCUCGCUACAUAGGUAUCGCCAUACACAACGAGCUGCUGCUAUCCUCCAUGUUCCACCUGCUACGGUUUGUCAUGCCCUCUCUGCAUCCUGACUGGAUGCUGUUGCUGUUCUUCACCCAUACGCACGUCACUAUCACUGUGACACUCGCCCUGCUCUUCAUACCCAAGUUCCUCUAUGUUUCGAGGGCGGGGAGAGAGGAGAUUGCAGAGGAGGUUUAUGAGGAUGAGGUGGAAUUGCGGCGAUCCGGCUCGUACCUCAACAGCAGUUUUACCUCAGCAGUUUGGAGUGACCACAGCUUGGACCCCGAUGACAUUCGGGAUGAGCUGAAGAAAUUGUAUGGUCAAUUGGAGGUCCACAAGACCAAGAAGAUGACAGCAAACAACCCCCACCUGCAGAAGAAGCGCAGCUCUCGGCGCGGGCUGGGCCGGUCCAUCAUAAAGCGUAUCACUGAGAUCCCAGAGUCCAUGAGUCGACAGUGCAGCCGUGAUGGCAAAGAGGUCAACUUGGGCAGCAGGGAUGUUACGCACGCCGAGUCCAGUAAGAGAGCGCCAGAUACUUUUAGCAUAAAUUACAAAGAUCAACCAGUAAAGCAGUCUUCACCAGUGCUGCGUAAAUCUCAAAGUGACUAUGACUAUGUAACCGAUAAAGACCCCUCUUUGCACGACUCCAUGUUAAGGGCGAAUCUAGCUAAGAGAUGCUCACAGCGCUCUGAGACAGACUCGCUGUAUAUGGCACCAUUGGUCUGUAAGUCGGCCAGUGCCCAAAACCUUACAGUUGAUAACAAUCUCCUGCUUCCUGGAUCUACCAAGCUACACAAGUCACUGAGUUUAGUGUCCAGUAAAGCCCACAGUCUGGAAGACACCUCUCGGGUAGGCAGAGAUACCCAAAGUGAGCAAGGGCAGUCCCAACAGGAUGUAGCUAUCAAGGAACAGACCUCAAGUGCCCUUGUGCAAUCCCAGUCCUAUGACAAGGCCGAAGUGUGUCCCUGGGAGCUUGCGGAGGAACGCCCUGCCAAUAAGAACCAGCCACACGUUACCUUUGCUCCCUCUGAAGAAGAACCACAGAGCCCAGAGAGUUUAUCAUCACCAAUACUGAAACAUAUUUGCCCCUGGGACCAUUUACCAGUUCCUACCCCAGUAGAAAGUCCUGCUGGGGAUUCACAAGGCGGAGAGGCAGAAUGUGAGUCCCCGAGACCACAGUCUCCCAUCUCCGCUAGUGUACCUGGGUCCCCAAAGGACAUGCGGGUCUUCUCCUUCCGCACUUCCACCCAGAAAUGGCUCUCUGUGAAAUCUUUCGUAGGAUCUGUGGAUGCAAGCACCAAGGAAAAAUCCAAAAAGGAGACAGCAGGAGAUACGGUAAAGAAACAGGACUCAAUAUCACAAAAAAGCCAGGGGAGUGUAGCCGCCAUCGCCGUCAUCGCAGCAUUAAAAUUAAAAACGCCAAGCAUUUCCAGCGCAGAAACGAAAUCACAAAGUGUUUCAAACUUGGAGAAGAAAUCUAAUGUUUCAUGCAUAGACAAAAGGACACAGCAAAAAAGAAGUAUGACAACAGUAGAUGUGAAACCUGCCCUCGUGAAACAGGCUGCAAUCAGACUGUCCUCAAGUGAUUCCUCUGAAAGAAGUCCUAGGAGAAUAGUGGUUGUACAGUCCACUGUCUAUCCUUGGGAGUCAGAGGACAUGCAAAAGGACAGUAUGUAUGAAAACGUGUUCAUCUCAAGCAAAAACACUGCACAUAGCACAGCUAAGACUCCUUCCACUCACAGAAAGGGUAGCCAAAUUAGGCCUGCUCUGAGUGUUGCCCAAUCAGAUAUUUGCCCAUGGGAUGUUCCUGCUUCCUCCCAGCAAGCCCCACAGAGACAACAAAGCACCAUAGCAGACAUCUGCCCGUGGGAGGUGGAGGAACCAGAGGAGGAUCCAAAGGCGCCUGCACAUGUCAGUGUAUGUCCUUGGGAAUCAGAAGAAGUAUUGAAAAGACAGGAGAGUAUCCGGGGAGAUGUAUGCCCUUCGGAAGCUAGUGUUUCCGCCAUCACAAUUACCUCAGCGUCCAACCAGUCUGAGAAGAAACCAGAGGGUCUGAACAAGAAACCAACAGACGUAUGUCUUUGGGAAACCGAUGAAACCCCACAGAUUUCUCAAGGCCUAAAACCCCAAGAGAGUGUACGGGUUGAUGUCUGCCCUUCGGAUGUGGGGUAUUCCUUCCCUGAAAAAGUAAAGGUGGCGAUUAUUUAUGAAAAUGUUCAUCCACAGGAGAACAAGGGAUUGCAUAAGGCACGACCAAAAUGUCAGGAGACAAUACAUGCAAAUGUCUGUCCAUGGGAAUCUGAAGAGACCCCAAAAUCCCAAGACGGUGUACGGGAGAAUGUCUGUCCUUGGGAAUCAACGGACACACCAAGCAUUGGGAAGCAAGAUGUACAAACAAAAAGCACAGAGCAAGCUAAAUCUGCCCAUGAAAAACGAAGUGUCCCCAUAGCGAAAGCAUGUCCAUGGGAAUUCCCUGACCAACCGAAAGACUUGACAGUACUUUGUCCUUGGGAAAAGGAGGAGAGUCCAAUGACACCCAUAGCCAUAAAGAUCACCAAAGGAUCAUUUCCCCAGGAGACCACUGUUGCAAAAACCGACAUUUGUCCAUGGGACAUUGGAUACCAAGAAAAGACAGAUGGAAAAGACAGCCCUUGUACAAAUAUUUGUCCUUGGGAAACCCAAGGCAGAACUCAAGCUGAUCCAAAAAAGACUGACAGCGUUCAAGUAAAUAUUUGUCCUUGGGAGACUGAGAAACCAGAGCAGCAAGAAAGGACUCCGGCUAUUGUCUCCAUAGAAACAGGAAAGACUAAAAGACAAGACAGCACUCUGGCAGAUGUUUGUCCUUGGGAAACAGGGGCAACUGAUGAGCCAAACAAGACAAAAAGACGAGAUGGCACUCAAACGGACGUUGGUCCAUGGAAAACUGAGGAUCCAAAAAAUACAGAGGAGAAAGAUGGUGUCAAAGUUGAUGUUUGUCCUUGGGAAACUGGAGAGACUGACAAGACAAAUGGACAAGACAGUACUAAAGCAGAUAUCUCCAAGGAAACACAAAAAGAGAAAAUACGAGACAGUGUUCGAGUUAAUAUUUGUCCUUGGGAAACUGAUGUCCCCGAAGAAUCAGAAAAGAUGAAAAAGCAAGACGGUGUUCAGGCAGAUGUUUGUGUAUGGGAAACUGGUCCAGCUGAAGAGUCAGAAAAGACUAAAAGCCAGGACAGCACUAAGGCAGAUGUUUGUGUAUGGGAAACUGGUCCAGCUGAAGAGUCAGAAAAGACUAAAAGCCAGGACAGCACUAAGGCAGACAUUUGUCCAUGGGAAACUGGUCCAGCUGAAGAGUCAGAAAAGACUAAAAGCCAGGACAGCACUAAGGCAGACAUUUGUCCAUGGGAAACUGGUCCAGCUGAAGAGUCAGAAAAUACUAAAAGCCAGGACAGCACUAAGGCAGACAUUUGUCCAUGGGAAACUGGUCCAGCUGAAGAGCCAGAAAAGACUAAAAGCCAGGACAGCACUAAGGCAGACAUUUGUCCAUGGGAAACUGGUCCAGCUGAAGAGUCAGAAAAGACUAAAAGCCAGGACAGCACUAAGGCAGACAUUUGUCCAUGGGAAACUGGUCCAGCUGAAGAGUCAGAAAAGACUAAAAGCCUGGACAGCACCAAGGCAGACAUUUGUCCAUGGGAAACUGGUCCAGCUGAAGAGUCGGAAAAGACUAAAAGCCAGGACAGCACCAAGGCAGACAUUUGUCCAUGGGAAACUGGUCCAGCUGAAGAGUCAGAAAAGACUAAAAGCCAGGACAGCACUAAGGCAGACAUUUGUCCAUGGGAAACUGGUCCAGCUGAAGAGUCAGAAAAGACUAAAAGCCAGGACAGCACCAAGGCAGACAUUUGUCCAUGGGAAACUGGUCCAGCUGAAGAGUCAGAAAAAACUAAAAGCCAGGACAGCACUAAGGCAGUCAUUUGUUCAUGGGAAACUGGUCCAGCUGAAGAGCCAGAAAAGACUAAAAGCCAGGACAGCACUAAGGCAGACAUUUGUCCAUGGGAAACUGGUCCAGCUGAAGUGUCAGAAAAGACUAAAAGCCUGGACAGCACCAAGGCAGACAUUUGUCCAUGGGAAACUGGUCCAGCUGAAGAGUCAGAAAAGACUAAAAGCCAGGACAGCACCAAGGCAGACAUUUGUCCAUGGGGAAUUGGUCCAGCUGAAGAGCCAGAAAAGACUAAAAGCCAGGACAGCACCAAGGCAGACAUUUGUCCAUGGGAAACUGGUCCAGCUGAGGUGUCAGAAAAGACUAAAAGCCUGGACAGCACCAAGGCAGACAUUUGUCCAUGGGAAACUGGUCCAGCUGAAGAGUCAGAAAAGACUAAAAGCCAGGACAGCACUAAGGCAGACAUUUGUCCAUGGGAGACCAGGGAUCCUAUAGAACCAGAGAAGAUAAAAAAGCAAGAAAGUGUUCAAGAAGACGUUUGCCCAUGGGAAACUGAUGAACCAGAAAAGUCUGCAGAGAAAGAGGAAACUAGGAUUGCCAGUGGCAUACAGGACGUCACAGAGACCCAGGGUGCACUCUCUAUGGAGGGUGACGCUGCAGAACCUGUAGCCGGCAGCACGCAUACGGCAGAGGCAGCCAAAGCUAACAUGCCCCUGGCUCGGCGUGACGCUAUGUGCCCUUGGGAGAUGGAACGGACCAAACCACCAUCAUCCCCAUCAUCCAUUACAGAACACGACAAUAACUCUGACGUUUUUACAUGGGAGCCUGAAAACAUUCUUGAAGAGGAAGAGGAGGAAGACGAUGCCGAGAGUGCUGCUGAAGCCUUCGUCUUCCCAUCCGACUUCUAAACGCCAAGACUGUCAAUUACUGGCUAGAACAAGAAUGGUCUCAGUGAGUUGUUGCACCCGAUUCACUGACUGGGUCACUGUGCAAAGCUGUCCCAUAGCAGGGGGGGGUAAUGAAUCGGACAUGACCUUUGCAAACCUGAAUGUAGCAAAGGCCCUUGGACUGUCCAUCCAUAACACUCCCCAGAAAGACACUGCUCCACAAGCAAUACACCCCUGGGCCAGGAUCUGCAAAUGCUCUGCCCACCAGAGGUACAUUUACCCUCCCAGGUUCUCAAUCAGAGAAAGCGUCUGGAUGCAGUCCCUCUCCUUCUUCUUACCCCUUUUAGAAAGGUAUAUUGUUUUCGGUCUUUGUGUGUUUAAGUGACAAUGGGCUCUUCUGUAUCACACAGUUAAAACCCCAUCGCUAUGGCUGUGAAAGGUUGACAAUGUGUUUAAAUAACAGCCUGAGCUUUACGAAGCUGGUGAUAACUCCUUAUAGACACACAGGGAUAUAAUCUACACAAGACCAGUGCUCCUUCAGGUUAACCUGUAAGCACAUCCAGCAGUUUGGAAAUCACUGAUUACAAUGGUGGUGAUGCAUGUCCUUUUGUUGCCUGCUAUAAACACAUUCCAAACAAUUUAAGGACAGCUUUCCAGCUGUAAUAUUGUGUGCUUUUUCAAAGUCAAUUGUGUCAAUUACACAGUCGUGGCUACAAUGAUAUCAAAUUUAAUAUCAGUAAUGUAGAUCAACAACAUGAUCAUGUCCCCACAGACACAGAGCUAAUAUUAAUAACACAUCUAACUUUAACAGAGAACUUAAAUCGUACUAAUUCAAUAUUGACUUGUGAAGAGCUAGCUAUAAUCUGUUCUUUUGAAUAAUUUACAAUACCAAUUUUAUUAGAAGAAUAAAUACAUGAAUUUAUAUUUUUUUAAAAGGUAGAUCUACACUGAGGAGAAUGCAAGACCAAACCUUUUUUCACAUUAUUUUUUUUAAGCAUAUAACUCAAUUUGGAAACAGUUGCCCUAAAAAGAACUGCACCUCAGUAUAGUCCUGCUAAAACUGUACAUAAGGCCAUUGUCAUUGAUUUAUUCACCAUUUCCAUGCUUUAUUUACCAAAUGUAUCCAUCCAUAUUUGCCACAUCUCCGCAUUCAGUGAAAAUGAAAGUUUGUGCGGUGGUGAUAUCAUGUUAUUCGCAAUGGACCAACUUCGUUUUGUGAGCGUUUUUUGAUGCAUGUAAUGUGUUUUUUGAAUGGGUGUGCUGUCUUUUUGUUAAGUAGAAUCAAACGCCAUCAUUACACAAUGCAUCCUUUUUGUAUGCAAGUUGAAAGUGAUUUCUGUUGAGAUUUCAGUUAUUUUUGUAUGUAUUGCCUAUGAAAAGUACAGAUUAUUCUGAUAUAAAAUGUACAUUCACUGAAAUCAAAAAGGUAUGAAAAAAGAGAUGGGACAUUUUAUUUUUGUAUUCUUUAAAUUAACAUGUAAUAUAUUCACCAUUGAAAUAAACCAUAUAAUCUGUACAGA